AUGGGUGUUUGUGUGACUAAAAUGCAAGCAUAUGAUCAUUUGAAAGUGGUAGGCUUUAUCAAGGGUUAUAAUAAUUGGAUAGCACAUGGAGAACUUUCAAACUACUAUGAAGCCACAUCUAAUUCUGAAAAUACAUCAAUUGGGGUUUCAAAUGGGACUAAUGACAUGCAAGACUUGGUCCAUGAUGUAUUUGGGAUACCACAUGGAACAAAUGAAUUGAAUAGAGAAGGGGACUUUCCUGUUUCAGAGGCUGAAAUAUUUUACAAUUUGAUUGAUGAUUCUCAACAGGAUCUGUUGUCUUUGGGCCUUACAUUGUCUUUCAUUAUUCGUUUGCUUCACCUAAAAUGCCUUGGUAAGAUGAGUAACAAGAUUUUUAAUAUGCUUGUUGAGCUGUUGAGAGAAGCAUUUCCGGAGGCCAUGACUAAUUUGCCUUCUUCUUACUAUGAGGCUGAGAAAUUGAUGAAUACAUUGGGGCUGGGUUAUGAAAAGAUCGAUGCAUGUCCUAAUGAUUGUUCUCUUUAUUGGGGUAAUGCUGAAAAAAGAACUUCAUGUGAAACAUGUAACGAGCUUAGGUGGGUUGCUUCAGAAAAUGAUCCAACUGGUGAAAAAAGAAAAAUCCCUCAAAAAGUAUUGUGGCAUUUUCCUUUAAAUGCUAGAUUACAAAAACUAUUUAUGUCUUCUAAAAUUGCAUCUCAAAUGAGAUGGCAUGAGGAAAAACGUACAAAAGAUGGUUGUAUGAGACAUCCAGCUGAUUCUCCAGCUUGGAAAACUUUUGACCAUCUACAUCUAGAAUUUGCUAAGGAUUGUCGAAAUGUUAGAUUGGGGUUGGCAUUUGAUGGGUUUAAUCCAUUCAACAACAUGAGUUCUACACACAGUACUUGGCCUGUGGUUUUAAUACCAUAUAACUUACCUCCGUGGAUGUGUAUGAAGCAACCGUACUUCAUGUUGUCCUUGUUAAUACCCGGACCAUCCUCUCCUGGGAAUAAUAUUGAUGUUUAUCUACAGCCUCUAGUUAAAGAAUUGACCGAAUUGUGGGAUUUUGGCAUUCGAACUUAUGAUGCAUCCCAAAAAGAAAAUUUUCAAUUGCAUGCAGCUCUGUUGUGGACCAUUAGUGAUUUUCCUGGAUAUGCAAUGUUAUCUGGGUGGAGCACUAAAGGUGAAUAUGCUUGUCCUGUUUGUCACAAGUUCACUCAUGCUCGACGGUUGACUCAUAGUUUCAAGCAUUGCUAUAUGGGUCAUCGUAGAUUCUUAGAUAGUAAGCAUAAAUUUAGAAAGCAAGCCCAAUUGUUUGAUGGCACCGAAGAAUAUGGAAAGUGA